AUGGGUCUCAUCUUCAACAUUGCCCUUGCCGUCUUCGCUGGCACGGGCAGCUUCCUCUUCGGAUAUGACUCUGGAGUAAUGACCAUUGUCAUCCAAUCACCCAACUUCCUCGCCUUCUUCGACACAGACAAGACAUCGCCGAUUAUAGGAGCCAUCAAUGCGACGUUUUCGGGCGGAGCGUUCUUCGGUCUAAUCACCGGACUCACGCAGCAAAUGAUAGGCGUAGGUUUCAUCGUCUCCACCUGGGUCGGUUACGGCGCCUCGAAAGUACCCGCAACAAACUCCUUCUCCUGGCGCUUCCCCCUCGCCUUCCAAUGCUUACCCUGCUUGAUCAUCAUAUGCGGUAUGCUCUUCUUCCCUGAAUCGCCGCGUUACCUGGUCGAGAUCGAUCGUGCAGACGACGCACUGAAGGUGCUUCGCAAGCUGCAUUACAAUGGUAGCAACGACGACUGGAUCCAAAGCGAGUUCAAUGAGAUCAAGUUGACUAUUGAUGCUGAGAAGGCGAUUACGGCGCCCGGAUGGAAGGUCAUGUUUACCGUUCCGGUGUGGCGGAAGAGGCUUAUGCAUGCUACGCUUGUUCAGGUGUUUACGCAGAUGACUGGUAUCAACGUUAUCGGUUACUACUCAACCAUUCUCUACGAGAACCUCGGUAUCGUCGGCGACCGCAACCUCCUCGUUACUAGCAUCUACAACAUCGUCGGCCCCGUGUUCAACCUCUUCUUCAUCGUCUUUCUCCUCGAUCGCGUUGGCCGCAAGAAGCCCCUUCUCUUCGGUACGAUUGGUAUCUCCAUCGCCCUCAUCUGCGAGGCGAUCAUCGGAUCUCAGGUCGAAGGUGCAACGGGAUCCCGGAGAGACUCGCUAUCUGCCGCUGGCGUCUUCUUUUUGUUCCUGGUAUCAUGUAUCUUCUCAAUGUCCUUCGGUCCAAUUUCUUGGGUAUACGCCAGUGAGAUCCUCCCGCUAAGUAUCCGUGGACGCGGUUCUGCUUUCGCAACUGGAUUUGGUAACUGGCUUGUGGGAACUGUGUGGAGUCAGGUGUCGCCCAUCGGGCUGGGUGAGAUUACUUACAAGUUUUACUUCAUCUUUGUGGCUUUCAACCUCUGCGUCACGUUCCCGACUAUCUGGUUCGUGUUCAAGGAAACGAAGCAGCUCACACUGGAGGAGAUCGACCUGCUAUUCGGCGAUCGUGCGCUUGGCACGCUUCCUGAUAACCUGGACGACAAGCAGCGGAUCAUAGAACUGGAGAGGAUUGAUGCUGCGAAGAAGAAGCUCGCCGGCAACCAAGUUACGGCUGUGCAUUAG